AUGCCGCGUGCCAUUAAUCAGAGGAAGUUUGCAGAGACACGUAGAUGUUACCAGCCUCCGGGCGCAGCCGGCUUGGCUGACCAGCCACUGCCACAUCGAGAAGCCAAGAAGCGUGCAGGCGACGAUGGCGCCUGUUUGGUGCUGUGCCCAAAGGCAUGCCGCUGGCACUCGGGCCGUGAUCUUGAGGGAGGCAUUCAGCCGUGCGACUCCGGUGUGAAGGCGAAAGGGGCAUCCUCCCUUGAGGGCCUUGAGGGCCUUGGCGGCGUGUGUGCAUCUGCCGCACGCGGCGUGCUAAGCAUGCUUUGCACUUGA